AGUGCUUCCCGGUGUUCAACCAUCAUCCCUCGUUUGAACGACACCCCAGCGUAUACUGACUGCGGGACACAGUCGUCUACACUGCCGUCACUGACGCUCGCUGUUUAUUUUCUACUGCCUUGUCUCGUCCUUCUAGGAGACGGCAAACAUGCGCUCCCUCACGAACCUAUGGCUGCUCUCCAGCCUAGCUCACUUGGUGCAGCCCCAAGUGUUGUUCCAUGGCGACAUGAAGUAUGAAGAGUGGAAGCAGGCCGAACGCCUGGGGCUCAACCCCGUGAGCAUCAGCGAUGCCGAGUGGCGCUCCUAUACAACCGAGGACUUUGCCAAGUACAAGGCCAUCAUUGUUCCGGACCCCAACUGCGGCUCGCUGGAGCAAGUCAAGUUCCUUGAUGACACCAAGGCUGCCUGGUCCCCGGCCGUGACGGGCAACAUCAUCCUCAUCGGCACGGAUCCCGGCUACCACGCAACGUCGCCGCCGAUCCAGCCGGGAGCGGUGUCGCUCAUCGAGGGCGGCGUGUCCUUCGCGGCGGCGGGCAACGGCACGGGCCUGUACUACUGCCUGUCGUGCUACUACCAGGACUCGGUGAGCGCGACGGUCGAGGAGCUGUCGGGGCUGGGCCACUUCGAGGUGCGCGGGAACCUCGAGUGCUACAACGACGCGCACAUGGUGGCCAACUCGAGCGCACUGCGGGGCGUCAACGACACGGCCCUAAGCAACUGGUCCUGCAGCGUGCACGAGGUCUUCUCCGUCUACCCCAUGAACGGCACCGGCGGCUUCGAGCCCCUCGUCAUCGCCCAGGGCGCCAAGGGCACGGGCAACCGCACCUUUGCCGACGGCACCUCGGGCGUCGCCUACGUCAUCACCAACGGCGCCACCCCCGCCGGCUGCGGCAACGGCGUCUGGGAGCCCGCCUUCGGCGAGGAGUGCGACGGCGGGCCGUCCAACGGCCAAAACGGCACGCUCUGCACCACCUCGUGCAAGUGCCUGUUCGGCGUCGUGGGCAACGGCACCUGUGCGACCAACACCACGAGCUCGUCCACCACGAGCGGCUCGUCGUCGACCCGGUUCAGUAGCAGCCUGACCUCGUCUACAGGCACUGCCGUGUUUACCAACUCUAGCGCCCCUAUCACAGGAUCCCCGUCGACCGCCCCUCCUUUGCCGACCAACACCAGCAUCCCUGUGAACGGCACCACGUCAGCCACGGGCUUCCUGAACUCGACAACGACGACAACGACCUUGGACAUCUGUGGCCAAUUCUUCGUCUCCAUCAUCAAUCUCACCGACGUCGUCGACUGGCCUUGGCUUGAACUCUACGUCAAUCUUGCCUUCCGAUACGACGAGUCUUCCGGCCAGCAGUCCGCUGAUUUCGAUCGUGGUACUACGAUCGCGGUCUCGGCCAUCACGUCGGUCAUCACCACCGUUGUCUCUCUGAAUCCGACAUCAUCCACGACCAGCUUGGUGACCACCGUCAUCCCCGUGGGUUCUCCGACUCCUACUACUCCGUACAGCUCGACUAUCACGACGCUGGUCACACGCAAUCCAAACUCUAUCGUCACGUCGGUGAUAACUAUCAUCGUGACCCCUUCACCGCCUGCUACUUCUGUUCCUAGAGAUUCCUCUACCUCGCUCGCCCCGUCCUCAGACCCAACCACUAUCACUACGUCGUUCCCCAACUCCACGAGCACUGGAAGCUCCAUCUCGAGCCUGAGCACCGGCACCGGAGGCACUUCGGUCAACCUCACUACCUCCACCAGCGUAUCGGUUGGGACGAGUACUGGGACUUCUCUGGUUACGACGGCGACAUCGUUUACGUCAACCUUCAACAUCACGGUGAGCACAGCCGUGCCGACUGUAGUGCCCGUCAACUCUACUACGUCCAAGCGCCAGAGCUGGUCCAACAGCACUACGAAAGCUACCACGACCUCCACAGGAACGUCCACACAAACCACCGUGCUCAGCAUCAAGCACCCUGCCAACAACUUCCACCGCAACGUCAACCUCGACAUCACUGUCUAUAUCCACUGCUACGGAAGUCACCACCCCUAG